AUGAUUGGAAUUAGAUGUCCUUUGGCUAGGUCUUGGAUUGGGGGGUGUUUGGGGGACAUAAUAGUUCUCGGAGGAGUUACUAUUAUUAGUCAUGGAGGUGGUGGUGUUAUUACUCAUGGUAGUAGUGCUAUCAUUAGUCUUGGGAGUGGUGGUAUUGUUGGUCUUGGAGGUAGUAUUAUCAUUAGUCUUGGGGGUAGUGGUAUUGUUGGUCUUGGAGGUGGUACUAUCAUUAGCACUCAUUUUUUGUACCUGAAUACGAAAAAAAUCAUGGCCAGAAGUAAAGAGUAUAGGGGAUAUAUCCAUAUUCCAAGUUUUAGAGUUAGCUGUGAUGCUAAAGGUUAUAUCAGUUCUGACCCUAAGGAUCCUGAUUAUAGUGAUCAACAUAACCCAACACAAAAUCCUGAGAAAGUUGUAAAUACUAAACGUAAUCCCUAUAGAUAUACGAAAGAAUAUGCGCCGUAUAUUUAUCUAGAUUAUUCAUCAGCUGAUAUAUAUACUAAUGACUCAAUAUUCAAUGGAAUUCGAUGGUCUAAAAUCAAAGAUAAUACUUGUUUAAGCAUCUUCGAUGCUAGAGCUAUAUAUAUGACAGUUUGUUGUAAUCGUCAGGUUUCUGUAACAGUCCAUCGUACUGUUUUCCCUCAAACUUCCUUUUACAUUAAUGGCAAAAAGGUUAGUGAACAAGCACAGACUGAACUUGGCAAGUUUAUUCUUUCCAGAGGUAAACCGGCUAAGGACUUCAAAAUUGCCGAAGAUGGAAAUUGGAUAAUUAAGAAUAUAAAAACGUUAUUUAAAAAUUUUCAAAAAGAUUUGGGUUUAUUGUUAUCAGCAGAUGGACAUGGUAACUUGGCUCCUUAUGGACAGAACUUGACCUGGAAUAGAAAAAUCUAA